AUGGCCCCGUCCCGACGGCACUGCGGAUGGGAGAUGACGCCUCUGUCGGUAUGCCUGCUCCUGUCCAUCUUGAUGUUUCAGCCUGCGCUAGCCAAGGUCUGCAACGACUAUACGAGGCACGGUCAGGACAACAGCUGGUUCUCGGGGGAUAAUGAAAAGUUGCCCAUCAUGGUGCUCAUGCCGAUGAACGAGUCGGCGCUGAUGAGCAGCAUUAGUCAGGGCAUCGAGCCCGCAGUUCAACUGGCCAUACAACAUAUAAAAGAGUCACGGAAUUACAAGUUUUCACUCAUCACCAAAAUCUACGACACCGAGUGUGACAACGCCAAGGGAUUGAGGGCCUUCUUUGAUGCCAUAUGCUACGGACCCAAACACCUGAUGAUCUUUGGAGGGGUGUGUCCGUCCGUGACGUCCAUCAUUGCUGAGUCACUGGAGGGGUGGAACCUGGUGCAGCUCUCCUUUGCGGCAACAACCCCUGUUCUGGCCGACAAGAAGAAGUACCCCAACUUCUUCCGGACGGUUCCGUCGGACAACGCAGUGAACCCAGCCGUGGUCAAGUUCCUCAACUUCUACAACUGGAGCCGUGUGGGGACCCUCACACAGGAUGUCCAGAGGUUCUCAGAGGUGAGGAAUGACUUGACCAAUGAGCUGGAGAAGGCAGACAUCCAGAUUGCUGACACCGAGAGCUUCUCCAACGACCCCUGUGUCAAUGUCAAGAAGCUCAAGGAUAAUGAUGUGAGGAUCAUUAUCGGACAGUUUGAUGAGAAUCUGGCCUCCAAAGUAUUCUGCUGUGCGUACAACCUGAACAUGUAUGGUAGUAAGUACCAGUGGAUCAUACCAGGCUGGUACCAGGGGAACUGGUGGGAGCAGGCCAACUCCACCAACUGCACCACCAGGAAGCUGCUGACCGCUAUGGAGGGAUACAUCGCUGUGGACUUUGAACCGCUCAGCGCCAAACAGGUCAAGGGCAUCUCUGGAAGGACACCUAAGGAGUAUGAGAGGGAGUACAGUAAAGAGCUGCAGCAGAAGGGAGUGGAGCCCUCAAAGUAUCACGGAUUCGCCUACGACGGGAUCUGGGUAAUAGCUAAGACCCUGACCCGCGUCAUGGAUUUACUGCAGCACAAGGAGAGGCAGGACAUGUACCAUAACUUCACUGUGGACGACCGGGAGGUGGGCAAGCUGGUGCUGGACGUCAUGAACGAAACCAACUUCUAUGGCGUCACGGGCCAAGUCAUGUUCAGGAAUGGAGAACGGAUGGGCACGAUCAAAUUCACACAGUUUCAAGAGGGUCAGGAGGUGAAGGUCGGAGAGUACAAUGCUAUUGCUGAUGUCCUGGACCUUAUUAACAACACCAUGAGGUUCCAAGGGGUGGAGCCUCCUAAGGACCGUACGUUUGUGCGUCUGCAGCGUCGCAACAUCAACGUACCCCUCUACAGCAUCCUGUCUGUUAUCACCAUUCUGGGCAUGCUCAUGGCAGGGGCCUUCCUCUUCUUCAACAUCAAAAACCGCAACCACAGACUGAUCAAGAUGUCCAGUCCCUACAUGAACAACCUCAUCAUUCUGGGAGGAAUGCUGUCCUACUCCUCCAUCUUCCUCUUUGGCCUGGAUGGCGCCUUGGUGUCCGACAAAGAGUUUGAGGCCCUGUGCACCGUGCGAACGUGGAUCCUCAUCGUAGGGUAUACGACAGCGUUCGGCGCCAUGUUCGCCAAGACCUGGAGAGUCCACGCGAUCUUCAAGAAUGUCAAGAUGAAGAAAAAGAUUAUCAAGGACCAGAAGCUGCUGAUCAUUGUUGGUGGGAUGCUGCUGAUUGACCUAUGCAUCCUCAUAUGCUGGCAGAUCGUUGACCCGCUGAAGAGGACCGUGGAGGAGUACAGCUUGGAGCCAGACCCUUUCCUCACCAAGCCAGCUGGGAUGUGGGGUGUUGGCAAGCCCUGGCGGAAAGAAACACUUGGCAACCCUCUAACCCUGCUGCUGGGCAGGGGGUGA